AUGGCUACCUUUACUCCUAUCCCGCUUGACCGCGCCGAGACGAUUGCGCGCCAAUCGCCCACCCCCAAUGACACAGCCCUCCGGAUUGAAAAAGUCCAAGUCGAGCAUCGUCUUCAGCUCGUCAACACUUGGCGCAUCCCCCCGGGCUCCAAGAUUCUCGAGAUUGGAUGCGGACAGGGCACCUGCACCACUGUUCUGGCCACCGCUGUUGGCCCCGACGGCCAUGUUGAUGCCGUCGACCCCGGCCCUCCCGACUAUGGCUCGCCCUAUACCCUGUCCCAGGCCCAGGCCAUCAUCAGCUCUGGUGACCUAGGAAGCCGCAUUACCUGGCACAAUGCCGAGCCGACUGACGUCUUGGCCACGUCGGGGGAAAAGAACUGGGACUUUGCCGUCUUUUCGCAUUGCAUAUGGUAUUUUGACAACCGCGACGUCUUUUCCACAAUUCUCCGUGCUAUGGAGGGUCGCGUAGGCUCCGUCCUUGUCGCAGAAUACGCCCUCAAGGCGACUGAGCGCGAUGCGGAACCUCACCUCCUCUCCGCCAUUGCCAAAGCCUCCCUCGAGGCACACAACCCCGCCAGUACCGCUAAUAUCCGUUGUCUGUUGAGCCCUGCCGGCAUCAAGGAAAUUGCCGAAGCCUCCGGAUGGAAGGUUGGUGAAGAAUCCAACAUUGUCCCGGCUGCCGGUCUGCUGGAUGGCGUGUGGGAGACUGGCGAGGUUCGAAGCCAGAGCUUUGUUGAUGAGGUUGAAAAGCGAAUUACCUCUCCUCGAGUCAAGGAAAUGCUUUUGUCGUCGCGUGAGGCUGUUAUUGCCUCGUACGCCGCCAUGGACGGCCGCAAAACACGCACGAUGGAUGUCUGGGCGACGUCGUUCACCCCGGCUGAAUGA